AUGGCAGAGGCCGCGCUACAGAAAAUCAACCUCCCGUCUCGCCUGGUCACAUUUUUUGCUAGAUAUCCGCCGCAGGUGUAUUCGGCCAAGUUCACUGGAGCCAAAAUACCAUUAACGCGGAAAGAGGCCAAAGAAGCCGCCAUCGCCAAUGGCGCGGUCUUGAAAACGCAGAAAACCUCAGUUCCGAAACCCACCACAGAGACGUCCGCUGUUUCCAGCUCAGAAACGCAAGAAGCAGUAUCAUCAUCUACCGAUGAAAUCACAAUACCCACACCGUCACCUGCGUCCUCUUCAUCUGAGACAAACCUAUCCUCAAAUCCUUUUCUCCCGCGCAAAAACCCGAUAACAGGACGAUGGGCCGGCGCGAAGAUCGGCCUGCGACGGCAGGCGGAGCUGUUUAAACUUGCUAAAAAGUACGGGAUAGAGGAGCUCCUCCCACCGAGUCGCAAAUCGACAUCAUUCAAAGAGGCACGGCUACUCGAGCGAGGACUACGUGUCCGGGGUACAGGAGAGGGUCAGAGGGUCAAGGGUCAUAAAUGGGAGAGACACGUCGGUGCGAAUCUCGACAAGAGGAGGACGGCGAUGGAGAAUAUGCCGGAAUUGGUUAGGGAAUGGAAACAGAGGGGACAUGGCAGAGGGUGGAAGAAGUAUCCCAAAUAG